AUGGAAACAUUACAUAUUAAUAAAAGAAUAAAUAAAAAAAAAAAAAAAGAAAACAAUAGCAAAUAUAAAAUUAGAGAUCAAAAGAACAUUGAAUUUCUAAAAAGUUAUAUUAAAAACAAAAAUAAAACUAUAUAUAAAAAUGAAAAAAAUAAUAUAAAUGAUGGAAAUAUUAAAAGUAUAUAUAAUGAAAAGGAUAAAAUUCAGCUAAUUAGAAAUUGUAAAAAUAAUGACAAUAUAUUUGAUUUUAUUGAUAUUAAAUAUAAAAAGUAUUUUUUAGAAAAUAAAGACAAUAAUGAUAGUAAUAUAUGUCAAUUUGUUUUUUUUGAAUCUAUUAACGCUUAUGAAUUAAAGAAAUAUAAUCUAAGUAAAAAAGUUUUUAAUAUAAUACUUGAAAUAACAAAGAAUAAUAUGAAAAAAAUGUAUAAUGAAAGUAAUUUUUUAAAUAAGGGAUGGUCAGAUAUUAGAAAAAUGAAAGAACUAAAAAAUGAUAAAAGCAAAUUAAUACUAGGUUUUUUAAAGGUUAAUAUUAAAAUGAAAAAUGAAGAGAAAUAUAAUUUUUUAGAUAUAAUAAAAAGUAAUGACCAAAAAAAAAUUGAUAAUUAUUUACAAAAUUAUAAAUUAAUUUGUUUUGUACACUUCAGACUAACCCCUGACUAUUAUCCAUAUCAAAAAAAUAUAAUUUGUUAUCUUUAUGAAAUUCAAAUAAUUCCGAAUUAUACGAAAUUAGGAUUAGGUGUGCAUUUAAUAAGUAUGUUAGAAAACUUAUGUAAGAAUAUAAAGUUAAAAAAAAUUAUAUGCACUGUUUUAAAAAAAAAUAUAAGAGCAAUAUCAUUUUAUAAAAAUAAAUGCUCUUUUGAAAUAGAUGAAAACUCCCCAGAUAAUUUUAUAACAGAUAAUUCAGAAUCAUGUGAAUAUGAAAUAUUAAAAAAGGUAAUUGUAUAA